AUGGCUUUCGCAGCUCCAGCAGCUGUGUUUCUUGACGAGAACCUGCCAAUCCAUAGAGGCAAGAGGGCUGAUGGGCUGAAUGCCAAGCCACUGAAGCCAUCAGCUAAGCCAUCAGCCAGGAAGGCCCUGCGGGACGUGUCCAACACCAGCAAGCCCCUGCGGGAUGUGUCCAACAUCAAAGGUACCGCCGCCUUGAAGGACAGGUCCGUCCUCAAAGACAAGUCUGCUCUGCGUAGCCAGGAAACCGUUAAGAAGAACCCAGUGAACAAGACUACAAUCUUUCCUGAUGAGGCGACCAAAAAAUGUCAUGACUGGGCCAAGGGUGGCGUGGAGGGCGCCCACUUCACUGGGAAUGAUGCUCAGAAGUUGGACAGUGACAAGAUAAAUCAACGUGUCAAGAAGAAAGUGGAUAAAAUAAAUUCAGCAUUGCGUGACUGGCCAGAUGUGAUAUUUGAUCCUCUGCUAUUUCCAGCUAAGGCAGUUGCACCGUUUUAUGAAGAAGUAAACGUGCUGGAAAUGGAGCCUGAGAUUCUUCCAGAUGUCACCAGCAGCCGUGGUCUCUCAACUUCAGGCAAUCUUGCAAAGCUGGCUCAAGAUUAUUUCGGUGAUGACAAUUACCCAUUCCUGGAGAGCAAGCCUGUUGAGUUUCAGCUGAAAGACGAGGCAAGUUGUCAUCCCUGGAGCCUGGAACGAAUGAACUGA